GAGCUUCCGUUGACCUGUUUGGGCGUGCUGGUCGAAGACGGGAGAUCCAACGCGACGUCGAUUACCAAUCCUGCCGGAACACCGUUCGACCAUGGUCACCUAAAAAUUACGCUGCAAGCUGAAAUGCAUAGUGAACAGGCAGUGGAGCGCAGCAGUGCUAUAAAACCCGGCCCAGCUCAUCAGGACAGCAGAAACAAGACGAGAAUUGCUCAGCAAGAAGGACAAGAAUACCGAAAGAGAAACCUUCUUCCAGCGAUAUCAACAGAAUCGGUGCGACCAGCCUGAGGAACGCCCCGCUACAAACCGAACUCUAAUCGAUUUGCUCAGAUACCCAGAGUUCAGAGCGUUAGCAGAUCACGAUGAUCAUGAUGCUGAUGAUGAUGAUGGAGAACGUCCUUGAACGUGCACAGAACAUGAACUGUGUGUUCAUGCUUAUCGUUUUACUUACUCUGGGACGAGCCUCGCUGGCCACGCCGGAGAAUCCGAAACUAUCGGACUGGAGAGUCUACGCUGAGAACGCCACGUAUUACACACCAAAGUGGGCGGACGGCGCAUGCACUCCGGAAUGCACUGUGCAGUGCCGCUACGCCGGCCGUUCCAGCCUUCCCAUGCGUAUAGAUUGCACGACCACAGACCCAGCUACAAGCUACAUCAGCCUGACUUCGAAUGGCUCCCAAGAAAAUGUUACCCAGGGCAGCAGCUAUCGCAUCCAGGGAAAAUUCAAACCAGUUCAUGACGGUGUAUACCGUUGCAAGGACAGUAGACCAGAGACCCAGACCAACCAUACCUGUAUCUGUCUCCGGGUCCCUGCAUCAAUGCAGGAAGUGUUCGAGUGCUAUCCAUCGCCAAGAAUCUACCCGAACCUAACACCGGAGGAGCGUCGCCAAAAGCAGAACGUGACGGUGGCGGAGGGAUCAAAGCUUGUCCUACGCUGCCCGUUUACCAAACUGCGGACUAAUAGACGUUCCAUGAGUUUCAUCCAAUGGAAAUACAGCAAAUUCCACCAGUUCAACGAAGAUGACAGCGCUCUGCUGCCGUGCCGAAAAUUCACAAGCAAACACUUCACCAUCCACAACGUCACUGCUGCCAACGACGGCGUGUACACGUGUGUUGUAAUGGGCGACAAAAGAGCCUCACCAAACUCGACUUUCCACUUCAUAGUCCGCGUCAAACCAGUUCCCAGAAUGGCGUCUGUGAAUGUUAACACGUCAGCUCCAAUGAGCACACUCACGUGGCUGCGUCCUCGCACUGGCCAAGUCUCCCUGCUCGGCUAUCGCGUCAACAUCACUUUCAAGGUGGGCCACACGACCAGCGUCUGCUCUCACACAGUACCCAAUUCAGCGCACAGCUUGGAUCUCAGCAACCUGCUAUCACAGUGCCAGCAGUGUUCUCCUGUGACUGAGGCAUCCGUGUCAGUGCAGGCGCUAACCAAUCUUGGCUAUGGCCGGGCCAGUGAGCCUACGUCAUUGGAUGACUACUUGACACACUUCCGUGCGACCAGCUGGAAGAUCACAUUGAACUUGGUGUCGGCCGACGGCUGUUCGCGGGUCCGGUGUCCACAGGGUUCUGUCAGCAUAGCUGCACUACGUUGGGAGCUUCUGUCGGCGCUUCGCGAAAUGCUGCAACGAACAUGCAGCUGCUGCAGUGUAAACGUGCUACAGUCGGCCCUGGGCGGUGUAUGCUACUCUGCUGCUGAUCAAGAAAGAGUAAAUUGCUCUGUUGAUGCUGGACGUCUUGGGAUAGAUGUUGUUCUGCGCGUUACGGUGAAUUCAGCUUGGAUAGAUGUGCCCCAAGCGGUCUUUACCCUGUUCAAGCGACGGCCGGUGAUCGACGAGACAUCCUUGUGGCCGAUGAACGUGACCAAAGUUGAAGUGGAACGUCCUGAUGCUGACUUCAUAAUCGCUGAAAGAAUAUCUGACUCCAACAAGAGAAUAGCCCGGUUGUGCCGGUUUCAAAAUUUCAUCUAACACUGGAAUUAUACCAAAGACCUUCUACCUUGAAAUAACACUAUUGCAGGUGAUGUGAUCACUAGCUCCAAUGAUAACUGUUGAUUAGACCGUGCAAGGCUCGAGACCAAUGGGCCUGUACUGUAGGCAAGCAGUGAAUGAAAACUUCUCAGAUAUGCAUUUAGAUUUUCUCCAUUUCCGACAUAUGCACGACUAUCAUCUACAAAGUAACACUUACGUGUACAUUGUAUGCGUAUACAUGUACAUGUACAUGUACAUGUACAUUUUCCUGUACAUUUCCACGUAUAUGUACAUGUACAUUUUCAUUUUCCUGUACAUUUCCACGUAUAUGUACAUGUACAUUUUCAUUUUCCUGUACAUUUCCACGUAUAUGUACAUGUACAUUUUCAUAUACAUGUACAUUUCCAUGUAUAUGUACCAUGUACAUGUACAUACGGGAUUCCUUUCUCCUAAAUUAAUGUGUUACAUUUUUGGAGCAUCCAUUCUCGA